AUGGGUGCUGAUUGGCGUAACGAGCGAACUCUCACUCGAGGACGGCGCUCCGCCCCUUUGUCUCUCAUUUGUCGAAUCCAGGUUCCAAGUUUGGCAGCUUCGUCAAUGCUGUACAACCAGACCUUCAGACACGUCGAAGGCUCGAUGUGAGAAGUCGCGGAUGAUUUUUCUGCUCUUUUCACUUCUCGGAUCGACCACCGGCCAGGAGUUCUGUCGUCCUCUUCACGCCCAAGCUCAUGGAAUCAAUCUGGUAUAGUCAGACUCAUUACAUAGCGAGUUCAGAUUUUGAAUUUCAAAUCUUCAACUCCGCCCCCUAAGCGUAGAUUGAACCAAUCAUCCGCAGAGCGUUGUUGGGGCCGGAGUUCGCUGCUUGACAUUUAAAAUCUGAACAGACUAUAUAUUUAGACCUUUCAAUUCAAACAAAUAAAAAUACUCGAUCUUUCUAACGUAACUUCCUCACGUCUAUUUGCUGUAAUUUUCAAAAAUUACGUGGAAAAUUUACAAAAAAAAUUCUAGACAUGAUCAAUUCACAAAAGAAAGAGCAAAGAAGAAAACAGCAGCGAAAACUUAUGAAGCAUUUCAAAAAGUACAGAAAGCAGUUGAGGUGUGCUGCAGCCUGAACGCGUCGCUAACUGAGAGCUGCGAAUAUUCUUCUCUGUGUUCGGAGACUUGCUCCUGCUUUGUCACCUUCACAAGAGAUCUCGAAUGCCAGUCUAACUCCCUCGAGGUUUCUAUCUUUUGAUAAUAUUAUUUUUUCGAAAAACUUCUAAUAGUUUCGUUUUUCAAUGGGGGCAAGAAGAAAAGGCAAGAUUACAGCUCUACGAAUGGAUGGACCACAAGCCAAACUCUGCGCCGUUGGCCUGUGCCCGGCCCAAUUUUCCCAACUACGACUCCUCUUACUCAAUCGUUGUGGAAAACUCUGCUCCAAGGUGACUUUUUUUCAAAAUGUUAUUUGUCUUAUUUGUCUUAUUUGCCUACAUAAUGGCAAAUCUGAGUUUUAGAGAGACAUCGUCGAUUUUACGAGGAAUGUGCGGAAUGAACGUGACUUCGGUCACCAUGCAGAGCUUCGAUCCAGUCUUGGAGGAGCUAGACUUCUCCAAAUGUUUCUCUCAAUUGACGUCCUUCCAAGUUAAUUUUUUGUGAGUUUAUCUCUCGGUGGGAAAAUGCUAUGAAGCACAGGCAACCUAAAACGGCGAUUUUCUCGAACGCUUUGCGACAGACAAGAAACUUGAACUCCUUGUCGUUGGUCAACGCAAACUUCGAGUUCUGGCCUCAGGUAGGUCGGCGAGGCAGCUCAGUUGAACUCAGUCAGUUCAGACGUCUCCAUUCGUGCAGAGUUUGACCUUUCUGCACAUCGAGAACUCCUCCUUGUCGGACCUCCCGAAGUGGCUUUCCUUGAGCAGAACGCUUUCCCGGCUCUACAUCAAAAGUAUGAGAAGAAUGGUCAUUUUUCUCUGAGUUUAUCGAAAAGUUGCUAGUUUUUGAGAGGUUACCGGACUCCGCACUCUGUUGCGACAGUGUUUAAAUCCCAACGAUGGCUGCUAUCUAAUCCAUUUCAACUAAGUAUCCGUUAUAUAACGACCUCGACAUCUAGGCCUGCCAACGUUGGAAGGUCUAGAUCAAAGUUUCUCAUACCUAUGUAACCUUUUAUUUCUAGAGAUUUUAUUUUUCAAACAUGCGUUUAACAUCAUAUUAAACCUGAAUUUAAUAUUUUCCAUUUUAAAAAGAAAUUAAAAACUUGAAAAAUAAAAGCUCGUGCAGGUAACGACAAUGAGGGAACCCCAAACCUUAGGAGAAUCUUUGAAAAUUUUCCAAAAGUUCCUAACUUCAUGGCCUCGCCUUGUCAGAAGUUUCUGCCGUACCAUAGUAAAAUGGCCUUUUCUGCGACGAUAUUCACAGCGACUAUACGAUUGCGACCCUUCGCGCUUCCGAUUUCGUGAGAUUCUCGUUGAAUCCCAGUAAAGCUGUUCAGAUACGCGGCUACAGUCUCUGGCGACAAUCGCACAACUUCCGCAAUCCAAGUCCCUGACCCUCUCGCACAACGCCUUCGACCAACUCCAGCGGCACGUCUUCGUGUCGACGUCGCUCGUCCAGAUUGACCUCAGUCACAACCAGGUGCUGUAGAAAGCCCUCGAGUGAUGAGCCCGAAAGAGUUCAGAUCACAUCGUUUGCCUCGCACACCUUCAGCAAGUGCGCUGACCUGAAAAUCCUCGACCUCAGCCACAACCCCAUUCAGGUCCUGCCCUACAAGCCUUUCGUACGAAACACCCGCCUCAAAUGGCUCAAGCUCAGUGGCACAAAGAUCAACGUAAGGGACUCAACAUAGAAGAGGGGAAAGAAGAGUUCAGGCGCUGUCGCCGGAACAUUUUGCCGGCUUGAACUCGCUGAAGACCUUGACGCUGUCCAACAACGUCCUGCACUCGGUUUCACCGUACACCUUCGUUCCGCUCAAGUCGCUGCGGCAUCUCGACCUCGACGGGUGCCAUCUAGCCCGAGUUCCUCAGGCCGUCGUCUUUAACUGCGCUCUCACCAGGUUUUUUUUUUCAUUUACAAGUCCAAAACCAUAAAAGACGUAUGAACUAUUUAUAAUACUUUGGAUACACUUGAUCCAGCAAACAAAAGAAAAACGAUUUGAGAUUGAACGUGGCAAACAACAAGUUCCAACGAGGCUCGGCGCUGCCGCCAGAGGUGAUGGCCAUGCUGAGCGGUCUGUCGCAGCUGCGACUCGACGGAAACGCCCUUUAUGUUAGUUCUUGGGGCUUAUAGAGCUGAAUUUGGAACCCCAGGAGUUUCCGCCGUCGCUGCUGCUAAUCUCGACCGAGAACGUGAGACUUCUCCGGCAGCUGCUGCACACCUCGAUGACGCUGCCGAUGUGGCUCCGAGAGCCUUGCACGCCCUACUACUGGACCAUGCAGUUGCGCAACAAGUACCGUAUCCGCUCCAAUCGACGAAAAAAGAUGUUUCAAGAUCGACUACACUGAAAAGUUUCCUAUCCCACUACGACGAGGAGCGGAUGCAGAAGAACGGGCUGGGCUACUGCAAGGAGCAGUUCGAGUGGAUGGCUGAGCAGAUGGACGUCUACCGAGAGCUCGAGAAGAACAGCGGUCGGAAUGUCCACUCUUCUCCUCAAUCUUUCGUUACAGGCUGCUCGACCCAACGUCGUCUGCGGUCCUCGUUGUCGGCGACGUCAUCUGCGCCGAAAAACAACUGUUCUCAGAAGACGUCCACUUCAUGGCCGGACAAUCCGCUUCGGCAGAAGUUCCAAGUGGCGCCCAUGCCGCAAAUGUUCAUCGCCAGUCUCACAGCCAAUUUCUUGCUCUUUCUGGCUCUUUUCACUUGCACCUGUAUAUCUUGUUUUUCAAACACCAAAAAAUCGUGA